UGUUUGCAGCGGCUCAGUGCAUCUCUGUAACACAUGCUGCUUAUACUUCGAAAAUUAGCUUCCUCUUACAUAGGUUUAUCUCCAAAAUGUGUAAAAGAAGUUAUGAAUUAUGUUCAUUAUUUAGGCUAUUUGUUUAUUUAUUUACUUAAGCUCUCCUUAAAUUGACAGCUGCAGUCAACACGCUUCAAAACGAGCAACUUUUACUUUGAAAGCGAGCUGUCUGUUUCUGGUGCUCAACUUACUGUUUCAAUUUUAAGUGUACAAGUUGGAUAACGGAACAAGCGGACGCUCUGGCGUGCUGAAUUGCGUUCCACGUCUUAGGACAAUGAACAUAGGAAAUACCCCCCAAAAUUUGAUUUUUCAUUAUACAACGUGAACAACUGCAAAUGCACGGAUCACAGGGGUCAUAGAUUGGAUGUUUUAUAAACAUCCAUGAGUCUAUGUACAGGGGUGUGCAACAUGGUAUGCACCUGGUUAAAACACUGGUAGAGUUAGGUGAAUCAGAAUGGCCCAGGGUAUACCAGAUGAGGCGUUGAUGAAUACUGCACUAAUAAAACACUUAGCAGAUGUGGCAAAAGAUGCAGCGCUUCUGCAGGGUGUCCUAAUGAGGAUCCCAGAGAAGCCUAACUCAUCAGAGCUGGUGACCUACGCUCCAUUUACACUCUUCCCCACGCCUGUGCCGAAAGCUGUGUUCCUCCAGGCUCUAGCAUUGCAAACUCACUACAACACACUGGUGGACAAGAUCAGCCAGGAUCCAGACUUUCUGCAAGAGGCUCUUGCUAGCACCAUUGCCGUUGAUGAUUUCACUGCGAGGUUGUUUAGGAUCCACCAACAGAUCCUGAAAGAAGGAAGGUGUCAGUCUAUUAUGUUGGGUAUCAAUCGGUCCGACUACAUGCUGGACCAGAGAGAGGACGGGUCCUCAUCACUGAAGCAGAUAGAGAUCAACACCUUUGCUGCUAGUUUUGGAGGUCUCUCGUCACACACGCCAGAUGUACACCGACACAUCCUCAAGGUGGCAGGCUGGCAGGAGAAGAGCCAGUGCAUCCCAGACAACAGCCCUGCAGCUGGUCAGGCCAGGGCUGUUGCCAAGGCCUGGGAGCUCUAUGGAUCAAAGAGAGCAGUUGUCAUGUUUUUGGUGGAAGAGAGUCAAAGGAACAUCUUUGAUCAGCGAUUCAUUGAGAAUGAACUAUGGAAGAGGGACAUUCCCACAGUAAGAAAACGGUUUGACGAUGUCUAUAAAAGAGGGUCCCUUGAUCAGGACAAGAGGCUGUUUGUUGAUGGCCAAGAGGUUGCAGUGGUGUACUACAGGAAUGGCUACAUGCCUGAGAACUACAUUUCUGGAGAGACUUGGGAUACUCGUCUUCUGAUGGAGCGCUCUCUGGCUGUGAAAUGUCCAGAUAUCAGCACUCACCUGGCUGGAACCAAGAAGGUCCAACAGGUGCUCGCCAGACCUGGAGUUCUGGAGAAGUUCUUCCCCAACCAACCCGAAGUAGUGGAACAGAUCAGAGCAACGUUCGCUGGUCUCUACUCUCUAGACAUGGGCCCAGAGGGAGACAAAACAGUAGAAAUGGCUUUGGCAGCACCAGACCAGUUUGUCCUGAAGCCUCAGCGAGAGGGAGGAGGUAACAACAUCUAUGGAUCAGAGAUCUGCCAGGUACUGGAGGGAGUGAAGGAGAGUACAGAGAGGACAGCCUAUAUUCUGAUGGAUAAAAUCCAUCCUGCCCCUGCACAGAACUACCUGCUGAGACAAGACGCUCCCCUCGAAAUCACUAACUGUCUCAGUGAACUGGGUGCGUUUGGAGUGUAUGUCAGGCAGGGUAAAGACAUGGUGAUGAAUGAGUGUGUUGGUCAUCUGCUAAGAACCAAGAGUUCAGAACAGGCAGAUGGUGGUGUAGCAGCAGGAGUGGCUGUGCUGGACAAUCCUCUCCUUGUCUGAAAAUCAACACUCCUACCUGCUGGGCUUCAACAAAAAACCAAAUGCACAGAACGACAACAGUGAAAUCAAGAUUUAAUGUUUGAAUCACACUAAGUAACAGUACUGGCUGCUACAGCAUUCAAAUCAAUGAUGAGCAAAUUUGUUUUAUACAAGAAAGGUGGGGUAUAAGUGCUAUCAGUGUAGGCCCACGAAUUGCUCACAACCUCCAUUCUCUGUGGUGAAACUGCUGCUAUUUGAAGUGAUGUAGUAGACUAAUAUCUUUUAAAUUAUUUCUAAUGUAAAACAAAAUUCAGAGGAGCAACUUCUCACUACCAUUGGAAUAACUGGUCCACCUUAAAGGACUAGUGUGUAGGACUUAGUGGCGUCUAGUGCUGAGGUUGUAGAUUGCAACCAACUGAAUACACCUCCCCCUCACCCGCCUCUUCAAAGCAUGUAGGAGAAACUACGGUGGCCGCAAAAAACGCGAAAGGCCCUCUCCAGUGCCAGUGUUUAGUUUGUCCGUUCUGGGCUACUGUAGAAACAUGUCAGGCUCCAUGGAAGAGGACCUACUCUCUAUGUAGAUGUAAAGGGCUCAUUCUAAAGUAACGAAAACACAGUUCUUAUUUUCCGGUGAUAAUACACUAAUUAAAACAUACUUAUGAAUAUUAUAUUCCAUUUCUGCUAAUAGAUCCCCCUAAAUCUUACACACAGGUCCUUUUUAAAGGUCAUUCCACCUUAAGUGAGUCUAACUUCGGGGCUAACCCCUUUCACUUCAGCUGGGUGGCAAGCAACAGCAUCUCUCUUGAAUGUCAGCUUGGCAUUUAUUCACUGACAAAUAGCCUAAACUGUACAAACACUGCACUGUUACAUUUACAGCUAUACUGCUAGCUUCAUGCUCACCGUUACACACACUAUCUCUCUCUCUCUCUCUCUCUCUCUACGGCACACUCACUACACAUACAACACUGGAGCUACACUAUUUGUAUAACACAUUUUAGAUUUUCCAAUGCUUAGGCCUGGCAGGGAGUCAACUUAGGCCCGGCAGGCUGCCAGGCUUGCAAAACACUGACGUAAACCCUGUCAGUGGUUCCAAAAGGGUUAAUGAGGACCAUGUUGUUUUUGACAAUGUGAUGACUCUGUUCAUAAUGGCACAAAAUGGAGUGCUGUUCUCAAAUACAUACUUAAGAGCAAGAUAUACAGUAGCAUUGUCAAAAAAACAUUAACAAAUGUAGUCAGUGAUUAAAAAACUUAAUUUAACAUAAUAAAUGUUCAGUUCAGAGACAUGUUUAAAAAUGUAUUUUCAAUAAAUGCUAGGGUCUCCAUUUACCUCAAUGAAGAGAAGACCAGUUCUCUCUUAGAUGCAAGCUGUGAGGCGUUAUUAUUUCUAAUUUGUCCAUUUUUAAAAGUAUAUCUUGUAAUAUUAUAAUGAAAAGCCUCACUAUUAACAACUUCAGGGGCACAAUCACUUGUCUUUGCUGGAGCGUUUUUAAUUGGGUGCACUCUGUGUGCAGUAGGUGUUGCCUUUGCAUUUGCAGCAUACAAAACAUUAGAAACAUGGCUGUCUUGUGGGACUCCUGUGUUACCACAUUUUAGGUUUUCAUGUCACCACAGCAGUGAGAGCACUCUGUGUCACUGGCAGGCGUUACAGAUACACUGCACAUACAUCAUUCUGCACAGUGAAGCUCAAACAUCCAACUGAAGGAACAAGAAGAAAAACAUAUUUUUGAGUGGGGGGGACCAUAAGUUUCAUUUAGAUUCUCAAGAUUUACUGCAGUGCUUUCACUUUUUUCAUUGGAUUGGUUCUGUGUGUUUAAAAAAAUUAACUCUUUAAACAUCUGGUAUUUGCGGUUCAUCUUUUGUUUUACAAUUUUUAUGACUUGCUGAGUAUUGCUUGAUUUUAUGAUUAAGACAGACAACUAAUGUAAACAGUAUUUUAUACAGAUACUGUGACAUUUUGCUGUGAUUUCUCAACCCUGGAAUACAUUAACAAAAACUGGCUAAAAUGACGCCAAAUACUUUUAGUAAUUAUCGCCAAUAAUUGUAAUUUCCUCUUCAGAUUUAUGAACAUAAUGAAUCAAAUAAUGCAUUUCCUGAACAGUUAAUUGAAUCAGUGCAUAGAAUAUAUCAUUCUUUUCCCUCAACACUAGUGUGGUGAAGCCAGUGUGUCUGAAGAAGAUAUCAUUAGGUUUAACAGUGCAUUGAAAGAAACAGUAGUAAGGGAUCUUACACCCCACUAGGACGUAAUCUAAGGUUAACACUGUGAUUGUAGAAUACAGCAACAAUCUGAAGAUAUGGUGAAGGACAAUGAAGAACCAUGUCACUCCCUACAGAAAAAAAAACUUUGCUCACCAUGCUCAAUCAAAAAUAUUAAAAAUAAAUUUAAAAAAAUGUGUCUGUAAUACUGUAUUUUCUCUCUACUUGUUUAAUUUAAUAUAGCAGAUUAAUUAAAACAUAGACAGAAAUUGUUAUUUAAAGUAAUAGUUUUACAUUUUAGGAUAUGUACUUAUUCAUGCAGAGUUAGAUGAGAGGACUGAUACCACUCUCAUGUCUAUACACUAAAUCAGAUGCUACAACCAGGAGACGAUUAGCUUAAUUUAGCAUAAAGACUGGAAAGGGGGAGAAUUAGUUUUCCUGGCUGUCUAAAAGUAAAAGAAUCUACCUACUAAUACUCUACAGCUUUGUAUAAUCCAUACAAGAAACAAAGGGUAAAAAUGAGAUAUUGGCUUUAGAGGUGCUAGCAUGCAGAUUUAUUUAACCUUUGGACAGUCAGGCUAAUGUUUUCUCCAUGCAUCCAGUCUUUAUGGCAGGCUAAGCUAAGCAUCCUCUGGCUCCAGCGUCACAUUUAGCGUACAUGUAGUUAGCAUUUGCUUAUUGGCAGUACACACAAAGUACAGCUGAGGCUUAUGGGAUUGUCAUUAGUUUUGCAGGUAUAUGGUUGUAAAAUAAAAUAUUGGACAAAUAAAAAUUGAGAUGAAAAGUCAGGGGGUCACCAAAGUUAAUAAAAUUCAUGCGAUGGAGACCACAAAUGUCUGAACAAAGUUUUAUGGCAAUCUAUCCAGUAGUUGAGAUAUUUCAGUCUGGGCCAAAGUGAUGGACUGACUGAAAGACUGGCAUUGCUAUCCAUAUAGUGAAAAACAUGCAUCAAAAGAUGGCUGGACUGAGAAAUACAUGUUCAUUUUGCCUCAGGGAAGUAUGAGACCGUUGUGCUUGAAUUGCAAUCAAACAUAUCUAUCUAUCUAUCUUAAUAAUAUUAUAUAUAUAAUAUUAGUGUAUGUAUAUGUAUGUAUGUAUGUAUGUAUAUUCUCAGAAUUCCGCUUUCAGAGCUACUUAUUAAUUAUUAAGUUAUUACUAAAAUUAAUAAUAAUUGAAUGCAGAGGCAGUCAUGUAAUAUGAUAAGCAGAUAUCUGAAUACACCCUUAUUGUUAUUUUGACUUUAUUACUUACCAGUAUACUACUUUGUAUAUUUCAGUUUUAAUAAAUUGUAUAAUAGUUGUA